CUCCUUUGUGUAGUCUACAGCUUCAAAUUGAUGGGGUUUAUUGGCUAGAGGGGCUGCAGGGAUAUGCAAUGAAUUGUUGGAUGUGCAUGCAUAAUCUGCAGCAUAUGAUUAUUGAUAGGCUAAAUUACGAAUGUGCAAUAGUUUAUAAAGCGCAGAUAAACCAGCCUUGCAUUCACGAACCAUGCGAACUUGGAUCCAUUUCUCUCUGCAGGUUCUUUCGCGCAUGCUCUCCAUGACUGGUUUAUUGAAUUCUGUAUAAGACGAGUCGGGGGACCGAGCCCGUUUGCUCACAUUAGCCAUUGAAGAUGGAUCCAUUCAAGGAGCAUCAUGCUGUCAUAUAACGGAUACGGCUGAACAUUUUAGAGGGCGAACAAGACCGUGUUUUGCCGUGUUUUCCCCUCUAGUAACCCUCUUGCAUUGUAAGUAAUGGCACGCGCUAACGAGCGACAGUACAGGUGUGAUGCGCGCAUAGCGUACCUUGAUUAUUUCUACGCCAUUUAUUUUCUACGGAAAAAAUAGAUUAAAUAUAGGCCUAUGUAUCAGUCGCUAGGCUUGUCACCUGCAUUGUGUAUUGUUUUGUAAUAAAUCCUUAAAAGAAACGGUUGGAUCCAGCAAUGGCAGAUCAGGAACUCCACACAUUUACCUCCCUCAUGGAUGCUCUGGUUCGCGUCAGCUCCAACAUGAAGAGUAUGGAGCGGGAGCUACGCUGCCCAGUGUGCGAUGAGAUGGUCAAGCAGCCCAUCGUGUUGCCGUGCCUGCACAGCGUGUGUGUGCUGUGCGCGGCUGAGGUGCUGGUGCAGCGAGGCUACCCACCGCCUGACCUGCCCCCAGAGCCCAACACCCCCACCUCCAGCCCCCACACGCGCUCCCCACGCCACGCACGACGGCCCCCGCCUAAGAGUGGCCUGGACCGCGUCCUCAAAACAGUCUGUGGCUCGUACCCUGGUCGCAGACGUAAGGACACUCCCCCGCUGCUGAUGCUGUUUCCGUGCCCGCUGUGUAAGAAGGACGUGGAGCUGGGCGAGAAAGGCCUGAUCGACUGCCUCCGAAACCUCACACUGGAGCGCAUAGUAGAGAGAUACAGGCAUUCGGUGAGCAUUGGCAGCAUGGCGGUCAUGUGCCAGUUCUGUAAGCCGCCUCAGCCGCUGGAGGCCAGCAAGGGCUGUGCGGACUGCAAAGCCAACUUCUGCAACGAGUGCUUCAAGCUGUACCACCCGUGGGGCACGCCCCGCGCCACGCACGAGCACAUCCUGCCCACACACAACUUCAGGCCCAAGGUGCUGGUGUGUCCAGAACAUGAGCAGGAGAGGCUGCAGUUCUACUGUCGCGUGUGCCAGCGCCUCCUCUGUUCACUCUGCAAACUGCGCCGCGUCCACUCUGGUCACAAGGUCCUGCCUAUCGCCCAGGCAUACCAGACCUUGAAGGAGAAGAUCACCAAGGAGAUGAACUUGGUCUUGGCCAAUCAAGAAACAGUUCAGGCGCAGAUUGGCCAAUUGGAAGGCGCCAUCACUCAGAUGGAGCUGAACAGCAGCGUGGCUCAGGAGAAGCUGCUGGCCUGCGUGGAGCAGGUGCGGGCAGCUCUGUCGGAGCGGCAGACGUCUCUGGCCUCAGCGCUGGAGGGCUCGCGGGCGCGGCGGGCCGAUGCGCUGGACGCCCAGCUGCAGGAGAAACGCAGCCUGCUGGAGGACGCCGGCCUGGUCACCUACACACACGAGCUGCUCAAGGAGACCGACCAGCCCUGCUUCGUCCAGGCCGCCCGUGUCACACACUACAGGCUGGUCAAGGCCAUAGAGCACCUGCAGAAUUUCUCUCUCUCCGCUGAUCCCUCGUUCAGACACUUCCAGAUGGACGGAUCUCGGGAGCUCAAAGAGAUCAGCAGCAUGGAGUUUAUACGAGCUCCAUUGGCUCCUGUGAUUGACACUCAGAAGACGCUGGCCUAUGACCAGCUGUAUCUUUGCUGGCGCCUCCCACAAGACUCCGCCCCUGCCUGGCACUACUCGGUGGAGUACCAGAGGAGAGUGGGCGGAGCCGGGUCAGUUUGGGGCGGGGUCAGGACUGAGGGGAAAGGGCCCAACUCCACCGGCGGUUGGCUGAGGAUGGACGACGUGAGUGGGAUGUGUGCGGUGAUUGACAGGCUGGAGAUGGACAGCGUGUACGUGCUGAGGGUGAGAGGCUGCAACAAGGCGGGCUUCGGGGACUACAGCGAGGAGGUGUACCUGCACACUCCACCUGCGCCAGUGCUGGCGUUUAGUCUGGACUCUCGCUGGGGCCUGCAUGCAGACAGGCUGGCGCUGGGGAAGGGGCAGACGUACGCACGCAGCGUCCCCGGACUGGCCCUCCUGCAGGCGGCCGACCGCACCCUCACUUCCUGUCACCUGACCUCCGACCUGCUGGUGGCCGACCUGUCAAUCGCCCAGGGCCGCCACUACUGGGCAUGCUCCGUGGAGCCUGGCUCCUAUCUGGUCAAGGUGGGGGUUGGACUAGAAGCAAAACUGCAGGAAUGGUUCCAUCUGCCACAAGACAUGGCCAGUCCACGAUAUGACCCAGAUAGUGGUCAUGACAGCGGGGCCGAAGAUGCCCAGGACAGCCCCCCUCCAUUCUGCUUCCUCACCAUGGGCAUGGGCAAGAUCCUUCUGCCCCACCAGGGGGUAACUCACCCCUCCGGCCACCCCCUGACUAUCCCUCUGCCCCCACGCCUCGGGUUGUGUCUGGACUUUGACAAGGGCCGCGUCACCUUCUACGACGCCCACUCCCUGCGCAUGCUGUGGGAGGGGCCUGUGGACUGCUCCGCCCCCGUCUGCCCAGCCUUCUGUUUCAUUGGUGGAGGGGCGCUGCAGCUGCAGGAGCUCGUGGCCAAUCGCAGCAUCGAGCAGACCCCACCCAGGAGAGUGACCAUCCAAACACGUGCCACCAAUCUCUGCAAUUGACAUGACGCGUCGCAUGUUCAACCAAUCGGAUGUUAGGAUGGUUCUCAAUGUUAAGCACCUUUGAAAUACUCUUCUUAUACCGUCCAUUAAUUUAUUGAUUUAUCUUCUAUUUAUUUUGCCUACCUGGGAUGCUUUGUAUUAAGGUUUGUGUAAACAUUCUGAACUAACCAAAUUUUUUAACAGUAUACUAUCUUUGCAUCACUACUAAUGGUGGAUCUCGGCAAAUCAUUUUCUCAUGUUGACGUCAUCUGCUCACAGGAAGUUCCAAAAUUGUAAGCUGUACAAAAAUAUGCUCCAAUUAUCAAAUGCAUGCAUGUCUGGACAUCCUGAAUGUGACUAAAGUUCUGUACCUCAACGCCUUCUAACUCCAGUAUGACAACAAUAGGGCAAUGAACUCUUGAGCCUGUGAUUUGCAGUGAUCUACCGCAAAAUAAUAAUACUUAAAAGCUGUUAGACAAGUUAGAUGGACAGGUUUUGGAAGGUCAAGAUUUGACCUGGUGACCUUUUGGAAUGUUUUGUCCCUUGGGAAUGUACCCACUGGCACAUCCAUAAUAUGUUGUCAUCUUCUGUGUGUGUGUGUGUGUGUGUGUGUUGUGUGUGUGUGUGUGUGACUGAAAUCUUGCUGUAGUAGUUGGAAGUGUCAUAACAUUGUUUGUAAAAUCAUUUGCUGUCUGCAUGUAUAGCACCUGGAAGUUCGAAUUCUCUGACGUAAAGUUUAUCUCCAGCAAUGUCUAGGGUAAUGGCAUACAGUAUGUGUUCUGUGCGUGUAUGUGUGUGUGUUCUGUGCGUGUAUGUGUGUGUGUCCAGUCCACACACACACACACACACACACACACACACACACACACAUUUUUCUUCACCAGCAGGAUAAGUCGUGGCAGUGUGUCUGGACAGCAGUGACGUUUGCAGGUUUAGAACUGGUCAACAAAGUAUGUCCCCUUUGCACAGACUUUCCACCAGUACAGUGAAUCAGGGCGAAACCUCAUAAGAGCUUAUCAAACGCCAACAGCAACCCCUCCACUUUCACAGCUCUCUCCUUCCCUCUCGUAUAGCCUCCGUACCUCUCAUACAGCCUCACUGACUCAAUUCAGAGGCCGUGGCCUCACCAGCCUCCACUGAGUGUGAGGCAGCUGUUGAGGUGGCAGACAGGCCAUUCCCUCUACUCGCUAAUCAACUUCCUGGAUAUAGGCAUACAUUGAACCACAUUACAUGUCAUUUGCACAUUAAUUACGGAUAUAGGCAUACAUUGAACCACAUUACAUGUCAUUUGCACCUUAAUUACGAAGUGACUUACAGUUGAUGAAACAACAUCGAGCUUUAGUGAGCUGAUAAAGACUCAGUAAAAAGACAAAGUAAAUAGGUAAUGGAGGCAGAAAUACUAUAGUAUUCGGCAAAGUGCAGUGAAGGGAUGAGAUGAGUGAAGAUGUUCUGUGGUGACCAUAGGCAAAGCAAGACCAUGAGAGAUCUCUUAGAAUUAAAGAGGACAUAUUUCACCCCCUUUUCCGCAAUUGUAGAUUUCUUUUUAAAGUAUAUUUGAUAUAUUUAGGCUUUUGUCUUUGCGCGUAUAGACAGUAGAGAAAGACAAAAAGCGAGUGGAAGAGGAGAGAUGAGGUGGGAUCGGGAAAUAGCUGCAGGUCGGAAUCGAGCCAGAGCCUCCAUGGGCACUUGACCUGAAUGUAGGAUGGGUGCUGCCACUUGCAGGUCUUAAUAAAACGUCUGUGUCAUACUUUGGUCAAAAAAAAGGAUGAAGCUGCACCAUAACAGCGUUUUCGACACUGUCCGAAGAACCCUGUUCAGAGCGGCCUGAUCCUGUCCUGGGCCGCAUGUCCCAAAACCAUAGUUGCUAACUAAGUUAGCUAAUUUCCCAUUGCCAAGCAACUAAGUUAGCUAAUUUCCCAUUGCCAACCAACUAAGUUAGCUAAUUUCCCAUUGCCAACCAACUAAGUUGCUAACAGGUUAGCAACUGUGGUUUUGGGAAAUGCACCCCUGGUUGUUUCACAAACACAAUCAUCUUGCCUGAUGGCUUCACUUCGACAUGUUUUGAAUAGGUUUCGAGCUUGCGAGAUUCAGGCAAACUUUUCCACUUUGGUUCUCUAGUCAUGAGUGGACCCUUGGUCCAGAAAGGUAAAACUGAGGUGGUUUAAUUCCAAACUUGGUCCAGAUAGGUAAAACUGAGGUGGUUUAAUUCAACAAGCUGCUAGACUCAGGGUCACUUUGACCAGCGGAUCUGAGUGGCUCAAUGAUUCACGUUUCUAGACCUAGGAAGCCCAUAAACAAAACAGCUGGGUUGUGUUAUCUGUGUGUGUGUAUGUGUGUAUUGGUAGCCAUCCCAGAUACCAAGACACAUGCAUAAAAGCACUGAAAAUAUGGAAUUUCCAUAACAUGUCCCCUUUAGUGUUUCAGAUCAUUUCAGAUCGAUUGUGUAGGGUCUGUAGAACUCGUUAAUUUCAUGCUCCAUUGUUGGUUUUAUGAAUGUAGGGUUGGCUUUCCAGGACAAUGGCUGGUAUAGUUGGUGUUCAUUAGCUGUAUAUGCAAAGCAUUGCCGAGCAGGUUCUGUGGGUUUCAGUUCUGUUAAGUACUGUAUGUUGUGGACAGACUUGUUAACCUGUACUCUUUGCUGUUUGGGCCAAAACUAGAGCAGGAAGCAUCCGGACUCACAGCACACACGCACACACGCACACACACACACACACACACACACACACACACACACACACACACACAGUCUGUUUCCACUCCUUCCCCUAACACACACAUUUUUUAAUGAGUGUGACCUUUGUAAUGACGUCCCCACUUAUCAUGUUUUUGCUAUUACUUCAUGUGAUACUUCAUUCAUUGUUUGGUUUUGCAAAAGCCCAUAUUGCUUUCCAAAAGGAUCUGUUAUAAUUAUUCUUUGAAAAGAAGGAUGCUGCUUUAGGCUGUGCAACUGUCAGUCUCAAAUCUAGUUGUAUGCAGGUGUGUGUGUUUGUGUGCGUGCAUGUUUGAGUUUCUGUGCUAACCUAACUGUAUGUGUGGGUUAACUUGCAUCAGUGUGUGUGCAUGGGUUUGAGUGUCUGUGCAUAUAUGUAAGAUUGUGUGUGUGUGUGUGUGUGUGUGAGAGAGAGAGUAGUUGAGUGUUUGUUAGACUAUUUGCAAUAAAGACUGUACUCAGUUGCACACAGCUCUGGUUUUGGCCUCUGUGUUUAUGUUGGUGUAUGUUGGUGCAUUGACUGUAUUUGUGUGUUAAGUCCUCUUGUUUAUGCCUGCACUGCACUGCUCUGGCCCAAGGCAUUCUGGGAUAUGUAGUACUGCCAGAAUGUCUGAAUUCUGAAUGUAAGAUGAAAUCAAGCGAUGAGGUAAAAUAGAUCUGAUCUGCUGCCACAAUCAGACUGCCACAACAGAAAGGAAGAAGUUAAUAUUUGUAUUUAGUAGAGAAGUAACAGUACCCAUGGGAAGUAAAAAAUGGCAUUCUAUCUGUCUGCAUGUUGAAUGUUGUUCAUAUUGUUAAAUGUAUUUUUUUAAACAAGAGAACGCACACUGUCUAAAUAUUGCAUUCACACAAACAUAAUACCACACAUCUUGUAAUGUAGUAAUGUUCCCAGUAGAACACCAACACAAUAGCAGGCAUUUAAUCAUGACAACGAGCUUAUCUACAUACGGGUCAUUCCACAUGAAAUGAGCAAAUUUGGGAAAAUCUUUCAGCUCGACCCCCUCACAUUGUCUUUAUUCAUUCAUAUUGUCUGCUUCUACAUCUCAAAGGAAGGUCUGGAAAGUUAUACCUCCAAAUGAGUAUUUCUAUGAGAAUUUUACCUUAGAGUACACCUACCCCAAUUCCAGAAAAGUGGCUUUAAAGGUAUACUAUGCAGUUUCAGGUGGCUUUAAAGGUAUACUAUGCAGU